CCAUUCUCCGCCUCCACGCUAAGCGAUCUGCGUGGAAUCUAGGCUAUCUAGUUAGCCCGUCCUUCUUUCGAUCAAAUUGACCCCACGUAGGUAGUCCAGUGGCUCGUCGAACCACUUCGGCCUGCGGUUGCAGCCAUGUGCGGGCGGAGAAUCUCCACUUCAACGCUGGCCUGCUGAGCAUCAUCCAUCGUCAGUUCAGAGUCUGCACAUGUGUGUGAGCUCUUCGCACGCGGUGCUUGGGAGAGAUGAGGGGAUGGACAACGCCCAGAGCCAUACUGCUUGUAUUGUCCGUCCUGUAUGCCUCAGCUGAGUCGGAGAGCCAUGCUCAAUUUCUCCGUAGAGAAACUUCGCUCCGGUUAGGCGGUCCUGAUGUACCGUCUUGGUGCGGAGAAGCAUGUGCUUCGGGAAGCUGGCUAGUAUAUAGCCAUUUGUCAUCUCCUUUCUCGUGUUCUUUAGCGAUCUCGGCGCAAUCAUCUUGAAUUCGUGAGUCGAAUGCAACCGGAAAUAAUGCUCGGUACCGUCCUGCCACUUCUGGGUCUGAUAGCCUCGGCUUCAGCAACAAUCCUUCAGAAUGGUCAGGUGAAGAUUACAGACUACCCGGACACCAAAGUAGAUCCUUCAGCAUAUGCCUUUGAAACAUAUGAGGCAGAUGCGUUUGAGAUAUCCUACAAGGGCAGGUGGGACUCUAAGAAAAUCUCAUGGUGGUCAGCACCUGGGUUAGUUUUUGGAUUUACAGGGGAGACAGUUGCCAUUACUUUUGGUAAUGAAACGGUUGACUUCACUCUCGUUGGGUAUCGACUGGAUGGGUUGGACUGGAUGUUCACAAAUGUCACCGCAGGCGCAACACACCUGUUCGUCAACCCCGAGACGCCAGGCGUAAAUGUUACAUAUCCCGUCAACCCGGCGACUUUUGAGCUAAGAGUGACGAAUUGGGCAUAUGGAGUUCAAAUCGACAAGGUGCACGUCGCCGCGGGGGACGGCCUUGUUAAGCUGCCAAAUCCUGGUCGAGCCAUUGAGUUCAUCGGGGACAGUCUGUCUGCUGGGAUGUAUACUGCCUAUGAGGGUCUCUCAAGUUUCGCAUAUGGCGUUGGUGCUGGUCUUGGAAAUACGGACUACAACGUCGUUGCAUACCCUGGAAUAUGUGUCUCGGACCAAGACUGCUGGGGUAAUCCUCGUGGACAGGUCCAUCAAUAUUUCUACACUUCUGAUACGGGUUGGCGGGCAGCUGAGAUUUGGGGAGACAACCCGGAGCCUUGGGACUUUAAGAAGCAGCAAGCACCUGACAUCGUAGUGAUCAACUUGGGUACGAACGACAACAACGAAGCAAAUAACGUCACAACAGAGACGUACGUCGAAUCGUACACAAAGCUCAUCCAAGGUGUGCACGGCAAAUUUCCAGACGCACAAGUUGUUGUCAUGGAACUCUGGCUAGGCUUCUACCAAUCUGGAAACUCGUACUUCCAAAACAAAGGGUUCAACCAGGAGCUCUAUAACAUUGUCCAGUAUUUCAACUCGGCCGAAUAUCUCACGGCUCCCAAGAUUUGGGACGGCACGACGAAUGCAACCAGGACUCUGAACACGACGAACCAUCAGCCAUUCGUGCACUUCUUCAAUACCACUGGGAUAAUGCAGCAUAACGACAUUGGUCCACAAUGGCAUCCAACAGACGUAGGAGCUAUCAAAGUAGCCAGUCACUUGACACAGUUCAUCCGCCUGACCUUCGGAUGGGAGCUAGAGGCUACAGGGCCAGAGGUCUUCCACGAUACGCUGUACUGGAACGACGAGACGUCAUACUAGACAGGUGGUUAAGGGUCCAGGAAACAAAGGCGCCAGGGCAUCUCCACAGGGAUCACAUGUGAUACAACGAG